AAUGGAUAACACGCCGAGGGAUUACUUAUACGUCCCAACGCUACAAGCUAUUGAUUUUUUCCGGGAAUUAAAACAUGAACUACUGACUGGCACACACCUACAAACAGUAUUCCCAGGUUUGUUUCUUCAUAGUGGAUUUUGAAUUCACUAUGAUCAAUAAAAAUGACGUACUAUUAGUGUCCGGCGUCAUAUCAAACAGCUUAGACAAAUAUAAGCCUGUAAAAUUUGAGGGAAUACCUCUCAUACCUACUAAAGAUGUUAAGUUGAGAAGGUUCCGGCGCUGUGACUUAAACACCGUUGUGCAAAACAUUAAGAGAAUAUUUUGGCAUAAGACAGAAUUGAUGACACCAUUGUUGGAACAGUUAUACCUAAGUGUUAACAUGCAGGGGGCCUCAACCUUGUCUACAACUUAUCUUCAAAAAUAUUUACACAUACCUGAAAGGGAACCAAUAAUAGUAUUUUGGAAUGGAUCAAUGGAUAUGACUAUAAUUAAGCAUUUAAGGUUAAGGGGAAUACUUAAAUAUUUAAAUUUAACAGCAUAUAGCGAUAAAAAUAAUAAUGAAUUUAAUUUAAAAUUAACAAACGUAGAAAGUAAGGAACAAUUAUAUUCGGGAUACAUAGGAACAGUAACUAAAAAUGGCAGGAUGUUGAAUUUACUUGAGACACAUGAACUAGUGUGUAAUAUAAAUCAUAAUAUAACACAUUGUCAUGAUCCAGUGGCUGAUAUAAUUUUAACAAAAUGUAUUUUUAAUUAUGUUUUUGGCAAAAAACUGAAGAAUUGGAUUGUAAGUUUGUUCCUUAUUCCGAUAGAAGAAUUAAAAGACGAAUAA